CAACGGUCGCUCCAUCGUUUUCGCUGGAAAAAAGUUUAUUAAAACGCGUUAAAACUAUUGUAAAAUAAAGUGUUGUUCAAGAAAAAUUGUUAUCUGCUAGUGGUUUGCCGAAAAUGGCAGACGAUAGUUUCGAGUUCAACAUAUCACGGUUCAUCGACGAGCAAAAAAGAUUGCUAGCACUUGAGCGGGAACGGUUUGCCAUUGAGAAGAAUAACAUUCUGGAACCGGAAAACGUUGGUUCUCCUUCGGUGGCCACGGUGCUUAGUCCGGUUGUGGUGCGGGAUGUGAAGCAAACCAAAAAAGAGCACAACGAUCGAUUGGUGGCUGCGAGGGGCGCGAUAGCAAAUGGGGUUGUUUCAAACGGCUUGGGGAAAGAAAAUAAUCGUCCCUCCGGGGAGGAGCCGUGUCCAGUGGAAAAGUUGAUGCAUGUGGAUGGUGAUAAAAAUGAAUUGGGAUUGCGUCGGAACAAUCACCGGAAUUCGAACGAAAAACGCGCUUCCCUAUUGAACAGUUCAAAGAAUGACGGGAAUGCAGCUGGAUUGGUGGACCAGUCACCCGAUAAUGCUUCAAAGCAACAGGAUGCGAUGGAACAGUGGGUCUCCGAUACAUUCUUUUCGUACUUCCCGAGCUUCAACAAAAACACAAACGAGAAGAAAUCGAUGCUCUCCAAGGCGCGCCAGGCAGACUAUCAAGAGUAUCUGAAAAAUGUAAUUUCCCUUGCUAAUGUGAUCCCUCAGGUCACAACUAAGCAUCAACAGUACAUGGAAAAAUACGGAAAUCAGGCCGUGCAAACAGAAUUCGACAAGGACCUGAGCCCAAAAAUCAUCAGCCCCAAGACCCAAAAAGCUGGCCCAAGUAUGGGUACCUCCAUCAACAACAACAGCAACAGCAAUAAAACCAACGGACAUUCUACCGGUCAUGAAAAAAGUCUGGGCUUCCUCAGUCCAACAUCCGGUGGCAUCAAGACGAUCACCAACACGGCCACCAAUCCGAUCCUGAAGAGCUCGAUUGCUGGCAACGACCCAAGCUCGUACGUCCGCAAAGGUAGCCCGCGUGAAAAGUUGAUUCAAGAUCUGAACCAUACUGACCUGUCCACCAUUCUCAAUACAGACACCAUCGAUCGGCGGAACCGGCUGCUGGCGGAAGUAGGUCCCACUAAUAGCAACUCGAUCUCUACCCAGAAAUACAUUCCUACUAACGAGCGGGGAACGCUACUGCUCAAUGAGGAAAGCCGACGAAAGCUGGAAUAUCAGCGCGAGUUGAUUAAGCAGAUCGAAGAAAAGCGUAAAGAGGUUGAACGACUUCGGGAGAAGGAAAAACUCGAGGAAGAAAUGCUGACCAGUCGUUUAGAGCAGCAGUUGAAAACUAUGCAACUUGAGGAGGAAUUGGAGCGGGAGAAACAACGCAGCGAAAAGAUUCGUCUAACCAACGAACAGAACCACAUUCGUCGGCUGCAACUACUCUCCAAGCUAGAGAACGAUCACAAGCUGUACAACCCUUACGAUGACCACCGGAAGACGCUGUCCGAAAAUGGCAAGGAAGUCUACAUAGACCCCGCUCAGACACUGUCGGAGGACAAGGAAAAGGUCUAUCGAUAUUUCAGCAACUCGGCUCAGAAUGUGGCUUCCGGUUUCUUGUCCUCCAGCAUUUCCUCGGAGAUGGAAUACGACGAAUCGUCCAAUGAAUCGCGGGCUAGCUACGAACGGUAUCAGUAUUGCAAAAAUUGUCGAGCGGACAUUGACCGGUCAUUUAUGCCGCGGGACUCGAGAAACGGAGGCCAUUAUCACCAUAAGGCAACUCCAAAAACCCAACGGAAGGUCGACGAUCACUGCCUCAAUUGCCAAAAACGAUUGGAAAAACUUUGUAUCAAAUGUGAACGGGUUAUGAAGCGGUCAAACAAACAACGUUCUUCUAACCUUUGCAACUUCUGUCAGCAAUCAGCCGACAAUAGUCGACUUCAACGGGAAGCUCAAUCCGAACUAAAAAGGCAACGUCAUAAGCAGCUGCUCCGUUCUUUGGAAAGGGACCACGAAGAAACACAUCGUGGGUCGGUUUCGCCUCCAAACCCCUACAAAAUCAUUGACAUUCAGUACCACGAGAGUGACAAUGACCAAGACCUCUCGGUUCUAAAUCCGGUCAUCGUUCGGAAAAACUACCGGAAACCUUACUCGAUGAACAUCGACAAGGAAUCGCUCUUCCAUCCGAGCAAAAAGACGCCGGAUCCGAAAGUUUCCGUUAACAUCCGCAACGGGGAGGUGUUCGUGGACAACAAAAUCAAACACAUCCCAGUGCCGGUGGACGAUACGAUGGAUGACAUAACGACGGACGAAAUGGACGACCGGAUAUCGAAGUACGUGAAGCACUACAACACCCUGUGGAUGAAGCGGGGUAACGGGAGCAGGAAGAACAAUCUACAGAAACAAGUGAGCAUUUCCAGCAAACUGCCGCCACUUUCGCCACCGAAAGUGUACAUCAGCGAUCGGCCGGACAACUUGAAGAGCGAAGCCAUGAAGAACACCGAGAAGAAGUGGGAUAUUCCCGCCGUCGAACGUACCCGGCUGUCUCCGGGAUCACCGCGGGUCCUCACCCAGCUGGGCGCCAUCCGGAAACAGCUGCAACUGGAACAGUUGCAGAUGGACCAAACCUACACCAAAACGCACCACCCCAACCAAGGGCGGCACCAUAAUAGUGGGGGCAACAGCCCCGCAAAUCACCCAGCAAUCCGCAUCAACCACCACGAUAACAGUAGCAGCAACAACGACAAUGGCGACGAUGAUAACAACUAGCGACGAAGAUAGUCCUCUGCGACGGAAGUCUUCCGGGAUACCGAAGGACAACCGCAGGGGAUGCGGCCAUUGGGAAAUGGUCCACGUUAUUUGUGCCUUCUGUUGAAUUUGAACAAUGCUAGACUUAGAUAAGAGGAACCAUUACCUGGUGUAUUGUAACUUGAAACCGUCCUUCUUCCUUUCUUUGACUCUCUAUAAGAUAGAAAUUAUGUUUUAUUGUUAAACUAGACUAGACUAUAAAAGCUAUAAAAGCGAAAAUAUUUCCGUUUUUCUAUACAUGAAACCAACAAUACAAUUCA